AUGAUUAGAGCCGCUGUUCGAACCAUCACAUUAAAUAUUUUUGCAGUGAAUGAUGACCAGAUGCAAGAUUUCAUCUUGGACAAGAAAGCUGCACCAUAUUUCUCGAAUUUGGUCUACUUCAUUGCCAACCAUGCGUCGAUAUUGAACGACAUAAGCAAUUCAUCCUCGUAUUACAAACAAUAUUCUCGAUUUAAUUAUUAUAUGGCCGAACAUUGCGAUAAUUUCUACUACAUAAAUGAUAUCAUCAACCUUGACAUUGAAAAAAUGAAUAAUACGCUGACCGCGCAUUUAAUGGAUUUAUUGGUGCAACCGAUUUACGCGGACAGUCUGGUUAAAGAAGAGUUACUUCCUUCAAAACAGGUUAUUAAUACUGGUUGCCCUUGCCCUUCUUUGUCACGUAUUACAUAUCUUUCGCCAUACUCCACUGGUCACAUCGGUGGUCGCAAUGUUAUUCUCGAACUCUCCGGGCAUGAUGGAUUACUCUAA